AUGGGUGAAAGACGAGCCUCAGGCCGCUCCAGAUCCAGGAGUGCUGCUUUCACCCAGGCAGCUGUUCAGGACGUCUGGACACAUGAUGGUGAUGGUGAAACCCGGACCUUGAGCCAAGAGCUUCCAGGAUUUGUGGCACCUCUGCCAUCCCUGUUGGCCGAGUCUGUGUCCGCAGAUCAGGGUAACAGGAAGAGGAAGUGGCAGAGCGGCAGCCAGCAAACGCCAGAAGAGGAACGUCCGUCCACCUCAUCUAGAAGAGCAGCCAAACGCUCUCGCAGAGACGAGUAUGUGAAGGGCCCACUGCUGGGACGAGGUGGAUUCGGCUCUGUGUUUGCUGGGAUCCGCAGGUCGGAUGGACUGCCAGUGGCCAUCAAAUAUGUUUCUGGAGAUAAUGGAGUGUUUGUCCUGCAGGAUGGUCAGGGUCGGCUGCCUCUGGAGGUGGCACUGAUGAUCCGCGUCACUUCAGCUCCUGCCUGCCCCAAUGUCCUGCAGCUGCUGGACUGGUUUGACUGUCCCAGACGCUACGUCCUAAUCCUGGAGCGGCCGUCUCCUUGCCAGGAUCUCCAGAGCUUCUGUGAGGAGAACGGCUGUCUGGACGAGCGUCUGGCCAAGAGAGUGCUGGUGCAGCUGAUCGCGGCGCUGAAACACUGCGAGAGCCGCCGCGUCCUGCACCGGGACGUCAAGCCGGAGAAUCUGCUGAUCUCCACAGAGUCCCAGGACAUCAAGCUGCUGGACUUUGGCUGUGGAGAUCGGCUAAAGCGCUCGGCCUACAAAUACUUCUCAGGUGGGUCUGUGUUGCAGAAGGAAACUGUAUGAUUGAACUGGAAACUGUUUGAUGAUCCACUAAAUGGAGUUAGUGUGUACUGGAGAGUUUUGA